AUGCAACCAAAGAUUGUCGUUGUCUUUGGUGCCACCGGAAAACAGGGUGGCUCCGUCGUCAAAGCCCUUCUCAAAAACCCUUUGUACAAAGUACGCGCCGCUACCCGUAACAAAAACAGCGAAAAAGCCAAAUCAUUGCUAUUUCAAGGUGCCGAAGUCGUCUACUCAGACCUUGACGACUACGAAAGUGUAGUAAAUGCGCUCCAGGGUGCAUACGCAGUAUUCGGCCUAACGGAUUCUUUAUCAAUACUCGCCACCCUUGGUCCAGAAGAAUCCUGUAAGUCAGAAAUCAGGCAGGGCAAGAACAUCGCCAACGCAGCAGCCUCCACCCCUACCCUCCAACACUUCGUCUGGAGCACUCUCCCCCACACCCACACCUUUGCCGUACCUCACUUUGACUGCAAAGCAGCCGUCGAUGAGUUCAUCCUCACGACCCUCCCUUCUCUUGCCGCCAAAACGACCUUCUUCUAUGCGGGAUACUACGCAUCCAACCUCGUCGAACUCUUGCCACCCAUCAAAGAUGCAUCAUCUGGGAAAUAUACUUGGGUGCAACCAUGCUCUCCCGGAACGCUUACACCCAUGAUGGGUCUCGCCGAGAUUAACGUUGGCGUAUUCGUCGAAGCCAUCCUUGAGAAACCCGAGAUAUCUCUCCCGUCAAAAUACGUCCUAGGAUCCGUCGACAACUUAUCAUUUGGAGACGUCCUCGACUUGUGGGCGGAAACGCUAGGCGUUAAGGCCGAGUACGUCCAACUCGAUGGAGACGAGUACGCGAAGACUUUCUUUGCAGGAGAGUUGCUCGGGAAGGAAUUAGCUGUCAUGGCGAAGUUCUGGGAAGUGGAGGGACUUAGAGGAUAUGACAGUUCGGUGCUCACGAAGGAAUCUCUUGGCAUCGAUCCCACUCGACUGGUUACGACGAAGCAGGCGUUUGAACGGUUGGAUCGGGGUGUGGUACUGAACCCGUAA